GUCACAGGUGACUACAUGGUGGCGAUAAAGACAGGUGUUUGUAGGUGUCUCGUUCUCUCAAACUCUGAGCGUCGUUCAUGUGAUUUCUUCAUUUAUAACACUUUAUAUCGCAUCACGUCGGAGCGAAGCAGCGACUUUAAACGCAGCUCAAUAUUAGCUUCUUUCUUUGUCUCCUCGUUAGCACGCUAAGCUAGCAGCAGCCGUCCCGUGUCUCACUGUGUCCCUCACGGAGGGCUAGAAGACUCCACGGCCGCAUGUCCUCCACCUCAGUGUGACACAGACACCAUGGAGGGUCCGUCCUCCCGCCCAGCCGCCACCGCGGGAAGGAGAGACUCCAGCGGGGAAGGAGAGGAUCCGGCCCGGGACACGAAGACGCACUUCAGAGUGUGUCGCUUCAUCAUGGAGACAGGGAUGAAGCUGGGCAUGCGCUCGGUGCCCAUGGCCACGGCGUGCGUGUUGUAUUACCGCUUCUUCGAUCGAGUCAGCAUGAGGGCGUACGAGCCGUACCUGGUGGCCAUGAGCGCCAUCUACCUGGCGGGUAAAGUGGAGGAGCAGCACAUCAGGACGAGAGACAUCAUCAACGUGAGCCACAGGUACUUCAACAGCGGCAGCUCUCCUCUGGAGUGCAACAAGGAGUUCUGGGAGCUGCGGGACAGCGUGGUGCAGUGUGAGCUGCUCAUCCUGAGGCAGCUCAACUUCCACGUCUCCUUCGAACACCCGCACAAGUGUGUCCCUGCAGUACCUCCUGCACUACCUGCUCUCCGUGCGGUCCCUGGUGAACCGCCACGCCUGGUCUCGGACCCCGGUGGCGGAGACUUCCUGGGCGCUGCUCCAGGACUGUUACCACGGCGCCAUGUGCAUCCGCCACGCCCCCCAGCACAUCGCCAUAGCGACGCUGUACCUGGCUCUGAACAGCUACGGACUGGAGCCGCCGGACGGGGAGAGGGCCUGGUGGCAGGUGCUGUGUGACAACGUGACCCAAGAGGACAUCGAUGCUGUGAUCUCCGACCUUCUUCAUCUCUACGACAUGGAGGCCAAGUGUAUCUGAAGGAUCGAAGGACGCAGCCAGCAGGACGUGUGUGUGCGCACAUCUGUGUGUGUGUGUGUGUGUGUGUGUGUGCGCGCGUCACAAACAGCUCAUGAUUUGGAGCGAUGCUGCGUUGCGGUUCAGGUGUGUGUCGUGCAGGAGCUCUCUGGUGCCCCAGUUAGUCUGUGAACUGUGACAAAAACACGGCUGCUGCAGUUCCGCCUGCCGCCACCGUGGGGAGGCAGUUCCCGCCCCCCCUGUCCCUCCUGCCUCUCCUGCCCCAGCCCCCCUGUGGGGGCAGGAUACUGAUGGGACAUGAAGCACAGCAGUGUUCCACUCUGGAACACACACGCCACAUGUUUGAUCCACCGACGGCUCAGAAGCAGAAAACAGAUCCAGAAGAUUCCGCUGAUCCAUAAACAUGACGCUGACUUCCAUUACAUUAGUUUUUCUUUUCUAAAUAUAUGUAUAUUUUUAUAGUUGAAUGCGAGCUGAACCUUUCCGUUUUGCUGCAUGAGUCUGCGUCUGGAGGCGGAGGACGGGUCUUUACUCAUUUUUCAUCCUCUUCUAUAAAAACUUGUGAAGACAGUUGGCUGGCUGAUUGUUGGACGUAUUCUGAAAUGCUAAUAUACUGUGAUUAAAAUGGGAUGUUUGGCAGCAGAAUUGCAUUUUCCGUGUUUGUUUUUUUUCCCCCCCCUGAGUAUUUGCAGCAUCCAAAUCAGAAUGGUUUGAGUCCACUUCUUACCCAGCAGGGGAAAAAUCUGUGAGAUUUUCUGUAUAUUUUGAUUUUGUCCUGUUCUGUAAGCGAUCAGUUUCUGCAUAUUUGGAAACUAAUACAUGAAUUAUUAAAAAAAAGAAACGCCUUGGCACUUUGAGACCUGUCACUGAGGAAAUGGAUCUUCUUUUAAGGCAGUUGAGACAAGACUCUAGGAAAAUGCACUCUUCUUAGGAGUGAGGCCGACUGAAUGAGGCUCCCCUCCUCUGAGGCUGGGUCUGCAGGCUUUUUCUUGGUAAAAGAGAAUUUUAUUUUUUCUUUUCACCGUUUACUCCUGUUAUGUUGAAUUGUUGGUUUUUCUCUUUAAACAUGAAUUGACUGACAUGUUGACGCUGAGCAAACUGCUGAACCAGCGUUUCAGGGUCUCUUUAGGCGGAGGUGGAUGAAGCAUUCAAACGUUGAAACAGAGCGUGACUCCAGUGGAAGUAGAAGGCUGGUAUCCGGUGAAAGAGGACUGGGAUCAGAAGUUCCUCCUGUAAUGAGCGUUUCUCUUACAGCAUUACAUUUUCUGAUUACUGGUGACUUUAGUCGUGUCACUGUGGUUACAGAGAUGUUUUCCUGUUGGCCUCGGGACUUUGCGCAGAGGAACAUCGGUUUUAUCCACGUCAAUGUUUUCACUAGAGUUGAAUUUCAAGAGAAUUAUGUGUGAACAACCAGCUGUUAAGUUUUCCCCGUCAUUUCUCCUUUGUGUCCCUUUCUGGGUCACAGUCCAGCCGUAACCUCCAAUGAGUUUAUGCUUUUGAGUUCAACUCAAUCCCACAAAAACAGGUACUUAAUUUUUUUCUGCUAAGAAAUAUUCUGUAUUAAUAAUUCAUGCACCACAUACUGAAAAUUGGCACAUUCAUUCUUUCAUCUGUACAUUUUCUGCGGCUUAUCUUGGUUCAUAUUUAUGAUUGUCAUGAAGAAAUGUAUAUUUGGGCCUCGGUAACAGUGAAACACAUCUUUUUGUAUUUUCAGUGCUAGAUUCUUAACAAAAUACUAAAUACGUUUAAAUCCUGACAAAAAGAUUUCAGUAGAUCUAGUGCUUUUGUUUGUGUUGGUGUUCCUCUGAACAUUUCAUCAUGAAACAUAUUAAAUUAUAUAUAUUUUUAAGGAACUAGA